GGUUGGGCUGUGUGCAGGGCCAGCGCCGAGCCGGAGCAGCCGCGGUGAAGCUUCUGGGCUCCGCUGAGACCGCCGUGCCCGCUCGUUGCCUCGGCCGCCGCUGCCUCAAGCCGUCGCCGCCGCCGGGUGAGCGGCUGCCUAUUGUCCUUCUCGGUGGCGACGGUGCGGAGCUGCUCCGGCUGGGCCCGCGGGGGAGCCCCGGGCGCCGCACGUGUCCUGGGUCAUGAAACUUAAUCCACAGCAAGCUCCAUUAUAUGGCGAUUGUGUGGUUACCGUGUUGCUGGCUGAAGAGGACAAAGUUGAGGAUGAUGUAGUUUUUUACUUGGUAUUUUCGGGUUCCACCCUCCAUCACUGCACAAGUACUCGGAAGGUCAGCGCUGAUACGCUGGAGACCAUUGCUCCUGGUCACGACUGCUGUGAGACCGUGAAGGUGCUGCUCUGUGCUUCCAAGGAGGGCCUUCCCGUGUUUGUGGUGGCCGAAGAAGACUUCCAGUUCAUCCAGGAUGAGGCGUACGAUGCAGCCCAGUUCCUCGCGACCAGUGCUGGGAAUCAGCAGGCCCUGAACUUCACUCGUUUUCUUGACCGAUCAGGACCCCCAUCUGGGGAUGUGAAUUCCCUUGACGAGAAGGUCGCCCUGGCAUUCAGACACCUGAAGCUGCCGGCGGAGUGGAACGUGUUGGGGACGGAUCAGACUUUGCAGGAUGGUGGUCCCCGGGAGACGCUGAUGCAUUUUGCCGUGCGGCUGGGGCUGCUGAGGUUGACGUGGUUCCUGUUGCAGAAGCCAGGUGGCCGAGGGGCUCUCAGCAUCCACAACCAGGAAGGAGCGACACCUGUGAGCCUGGCCUUGGAGCGGGGUUAUCACAAGCUGCACCGGCUCCUAACUGAGGAGAAUGCUGGGGAACCAGACUCCUGGAGCAGUUUAUCCUAUGAAAUCCCGUAUGGAGACUGCUCUGUGAGGCAUCAUCGAGAGUUGGACGUCUAUACCUUAACCUCUGAGUCUGAAACACGUCAUGAAGUCCCAUUUCCUGGAGACAGUUGCACUGGACAUAUUUUUAAACUUAUGAACAUCCAACAGCAGCUAAUGAAAACAAAUGUUAAGCAGAUGGACAGUCCUCUGCCCUUAAUGGUGACGGCACAGGAUCCUUCAAGUCUGCCCAGUGCCCGAGAUCCAGAUGGCCGGUUUCUUUGCUGCACGUCAGAUCCCAGGGACAGCCAGCAGCGCUCGUCUCUGCCCGAAGACCCUGAGCCUCAUCCGUGUGGCCACGGGAGCACUGUGGGGGAGACUGAAAGUUCCUCCAGUUUGUCAGGUGUGGCUGCGGAAGAGAAUACAGACUGUUCCUAUAAGAAGGAAACCGAAGGUGUGGGGGGAGCAGGGGAUGAGGCGGAGCCCUCACUUACUGUGGACUGUGGAGUGGUGUCUGAUCCCAGCAGCCGCCUUCUGAGCAUACCUGCUUGUGGAGGAGAGGCCACAGGAGACUUUCCAUCCGGUCAAGUCAGAAAUGGAGAAACUGGAACAAAAUCUUCUGCACUGGUCACAGACCAGGAGUCUCUAAGCACUGGAGACCACCUCCUGCAGGGAGACAUGGCCAUGCAACCGGGCUCCGCUCCCACUCCACAUUUCUCUGGAGGGGAACUGGCAGUCAGCGUCCCAGGGACUGCAGGGGAGACAGAACGUGGUCUCCCGAACGUCGACGCCGCCAUCCAGAAGGAUGUGCUUGAAGUAAGGGAAGGUACAAAGGAAAAGUUUGAGGACUCUCCUAUCAGCACAGCCAGAGCCUCUGACGUAAAAGUCAUAAGUCAGCCUGCAGAUAAAGCCGCUGCUCCCAACGGCGUCUCUGCCACCGGCUCCCCGGGUGCUAAUGAACCUGCUGAGUCUUUACUUGCAUCUAGGAAGGGAGAAGCCUCCCCUGUGAAAACUGCAGAGACAGAAGCUUCAAGAAGUUGUGAAGGGAAUGCUGGGGCUCCCGUGGGUCAGAGCUCCCCAGUAGCUCCAGCUGCUGCAGAAGACACGACUUCAGAUGGGCUCAGUCCUUCUGCUCCCUUGGCAGGCACAAGUGAGGCAGCGUCCCCCUCCCAUCUGACCUUCCCAGGGCCACGAAAAGACGCGCCGAACAAGAAAUCGGAAACUGAUUCAUCUCCCAUUCAGAGCCAGAUCAGCCAAUCACCCCUCUGUUCUACACCUGGAGGGGACACUCCGUGUGCCACCCCUGCCUGUGGGCAGAGCACAGUGACUGCUGGGGGCGUCCUGGCUGCGGAACACUGUGGUGGCAUAGGUACCCAGCCCGAGGGCACUGCCCCAGGACUGCCCCCCACACAGCAUCUCCCCCCGGCCCUCUGCUGUGAAGGUCCCCAGGCUCACACAGCCACCCCUGACCCUCCAAGAGGCACCCAGGAACAGGAGGAAUUUUGUCCUCUUGAAGUUUCAGAUAAAAAAGGCCAGAGAAAAGAUUGGAACCUCGGAACAGCUUUAACAAAUAUGCUUGAGGUGCAGCCACAGGUGCUUGUCCCCAGCACCGAGGAAGAACUGGUACCAGACCAGGCUGUGACAUCAGACAAGACUUCUCUGGCAAGCGGGCCAGGCAGUGAAUCAGUAACCAAAGAUGACGCACUUUCUCUUGUCCCCUCCCAGAAAGAAAAGGGAACAGCAACUUCUGAACUGCAUACGGCUACAGAUGGUGGAGAUGGCCCAGGCGGAGAUUGGAGCGGUCCUGAGAAGCAGCCCUCAGAAGACGGUGCCAUAGGCCUGCCCGCACCCUCCACUGCUCUCCAUUGUCAGCCCAGAAUGGGGAAUACCAGCCCCAUGGGACUUAGUGGGGAACAUGGGGCUCCCCGCCUUUCAGCAGCCCCCGAAGUUCUGGAUCUUGAAGGGGGCACCGACGCUUCUCUGCUGUGUGCGGGUAAGGCCACUGUGGCCUCCAAUUCCGUUCUGACUGAGGUGGGAAAAACUGAGGUGGUUCUGGAAAGCUCUGAAGCUCAAGGACAAGAUAGCAGGGAUAAAGCAGUGACUUGUGCCUCUGUUAAGGAAGACACUUGUUCCUCAGGAGCGUUUCAGGAAGAGCAGAGAACACCACCUCCUGGACAGGAGGCACUGGGGUUCUGCGGAGAGCGGAGUUCGGCUGUCUGCGCUGAGGACAGAGCACUUGAGCGCAGCAGUCCCCGGGGCGCACCCUUGGCCUGCCUGAAUGCAGAAACUGAGCAUAACCAGGAAGUGGCCCCGCCAGUCUCGCUGCUGACUGAAGGUGGGGCUGCACAGAGCCUGGUGCCACGGGGAGCAAGUCUGGCUGCAGACCCACACCAGGAAGCCUCGGGUGCAGAGCAGAGCGGCUCGGCUGCAUUGCCAGGUGUGUCACCAGAUGGGGCUGGGGCUCUUGCUUGCAGUCGGUCUUCUGCUCUGGAUAUUGGUGUGCAGAACCCUGAAUCCCAAGGUAAAAGCCGUGCUGGUGAGGUGAGCGGAAAUGUGGGGUUGGAUGUUUCGGUGGUUGAUGCCACAGAAGAUACUGUCGGGGCCAGAAGAGAGGCUGUAUCACACAUCGCCCAGGACCUCCCGAUUUCAGAAGCCUUGAGCCAGGAGAAGACUGUGGUCCUGGAUUUGCCGGGAGCUUCAGCAGACAAAGGUGUGCUGGGAUUGCGGGGCACCGCCGCCCCCGAGAUGGUGCCUGUCGGUUGGAAGGAGGCAGACAGCGGUGGCGUGGCCGAUGGCAGCAGGGCACAGGUGGAUGCCGACGCGCGCCACGUCCUCCAGCAACCACCUGCCAGAGAGCUCCCCACCGACUCCGGACUCUCAAACAGUGGUGAGCCGGCCCCAGGCAGGGCAGGGGGCACUCCCCCUCUGCCCUGGGCCGUGUCUCUGCCCGAAGGAGCAGGCUCCAUUGAGGAGGCUGCGAGUCGCAUAGUGGAGGCCGUCCUGGACCAAGUCAAGUCCUCAGGAGCCCUGAUCACUGGGCAGGGGACUGGUCACAUGUCACCGUCCAGCCCUUCAGACUCAGGCCCAGUGACUGAGCAUCCAGAGAGUGCUUCUGCAGGGAAAGGGAGCUCUUUUCUGCCUGGGCGGACCCCACACAUGGGCAGUAUCUGCGAAGAAGCCCCUGGCAGCCUUGCAGGGGGUUUGGCUGAAAGGGAGAAGCUGGAGAAGCUGGUUCUGGCCGCUGAAGGAUCUGGGCCCGCAGUAGAAAUGCCAGACUUGAAAGCUGCAGAUGAAGUGGAUUGUCUGAGUAAUGCCAGGGCGAGCUCGGCCUCUGCAGAGGUGGUCGUAGGAGCCGCAGCUGCCACGCCUGACGUGAAGCAAGGCCUGGCGACCCAGGCGAUAAAUCGAGAAAGCUGGUGUACGAUAAAGCCGUGCCCCGAUACAGCACCUCUGUUGGCCCCCACAGAGAGCUCAGAAUGUGAGAACUUCCUGGAUGUUGGACUGGGCAGAGAGUGUGCCUCAAAACAAGGAGUCCUCAAAAGAGAAUCCGGCAGUGACUCUGACCUCUUUCACUCACCCAGUGAAGAAGUGGACAGCAUCAUCUUCCCCAAGCCGGAGGAAGAGCCGCUGGUCUGUGACAUCACCGGAUCCAGUUCGUCCACCGACGACACUGCUUCCCUGGAUCGACAUUCUUCUCACGGCAGUGAUGUGUCCCUCCCCCAGAUUUCAAAUUUGAACAGGUCCAGAGGUCAGCAGGGUCUUGACGGCUUCUACAGCCAUGGCGUGGGAGCUGAGGGUCGAGAGAGCGAGGGCGAAGCUGCCGGCUCAGGUGAGAUGGAGGAGGAGGAAAUGGACAGCAUCACCGAGGUGCCCGCGAACUGCUCUGUGCUGAGGAGCUCCAUGCGCUCCCUGUCCCCUUUCCGGAGGCACAGCUGGGGUCCUGGGAAGAACUCGGCCAGCGAUGCAGAAAUGAACCAGCGCAGUUCAUUGCGAGUUCUGGGGGAUGUUGUCAGGAGACCUCCCAUUCAUAGGAGAAGUAUGAGCUGGUGUCCCUCUGGUGUGCACUACUCUGCUGUCCUGAGUGCUGACUUUAAUUAUAGAAGUUUCAGCCUAGAAGGCUUGACAGGAGGAGCUGGUGUCGGAAGCAAGCCAUCUUCAUCUCUAGAUGUGAACUCCUUAAACACCAAAGAGCUCAGGCACCCUUUCGGUGGUGAAGAAAGGGGUGACUCUUUGAUGUCACUUUCAGAAGAGGAUCUGGAAUCAGGCCAGAGAGAGCACAGGAUGCUUGAGCAGCAGGCAUGUCACAGAGCUAAACAACAGGGAUUCAAUUACUGUACAUCAGCCAUUUCCUCUCCACUAACAAAAUCCAUCUCAUUAAUGACAAUCAGCCAUCCUGCAUUGGACCCCCAGCCUCGGAUGCAGCCAGCAAGGCGGGUGUCCUUCUCCGUCCGCAUCUCUCCACACCUCCUUAAGUCUAAAACCCUUUUCUCUCCUGGCUCUUCUUACUCGAGUGACGAGGAGGAGGAGUUGCCUAAUUCACGGUCUUUCCACGGUACCAGCGCCAACCUGACUGAGAGCAUAACAGAAGAGACCUAUAGUUUCCUGCCACAAAGCCCCUCCAAGAAAGAUUUUGAAGGGAAGAGUGGAACAAAAGUCAGUCGCACAUUCAGCUACAUCAAGAAUAAAAUGUCCAGCAGUAAGAAGAGCAGAGAAAAGGAGAAAGAGAAAGAGAAGAUCAAGGAGAAGGAGAAAGAUUUGAAGGAGAAAGAAAAGGAUAAGAAGACGGUCAACGGGCACACUUUCAGUUCCAUUCCUGUCGUGGGUCCGAUCAGCUGUAGCCAGUGCGUGAAGCCUUUCACCAGCAAGGAUGCCUACACGUGUGCAGGUUGCGGUGCAUUUGUCCACAAAGGCUGCAGAGAAAGCCUGGCCUCCUGUGCAAAGGUCAAAAUGAAGCAGCCCAGAGGGAGCCUUCAGGCACAGGACACGUCUUCGCUGCCAACAGUCAUCAUGAGAAGCAAGCCCUCACAGCCCAAGGAGCGGCCUCGAUCUGCAGUCCUCCUGGCGGAUGAAGCCACUGCCAUUCCCAUGUUUGCCAACAGACGGUCCCAGCAGAGUGUCUCACUCUCCAAAAGUGUCUCCAUACAGAACAUUGCUGGAGUUGGCAAUGACGAGAACAUAUCAAACACCUGGAAAUUCCUGUCUCAUUCAACAGACUCACUCAAUAAAAUCAGCAAGGUCAAUGAGUCAACAGAGUCGCUAACUGACGAGGGAGUAGGUACAGACAUGAAUGAAGGACAGCUAAUGGGGGACUUUGAGAUGGAAUCCAAGCAACUAGAAGCCGAGUCCUGGAGUCGCAUCGUAGACAGCAAGUUUCUGAAACAGCAAAAGAAAGAUGUGGUCAAACGACAAGAAGUGAUUUACGAGUUGAUGCAGACCGAGUUGCACCACAUCCGGACGCUGAAGAUCAUGAGCGACGUGUACAGCCGCGGGAUGAUGACGGAGCUGCUCUUCGAGCAGCAGACGGUGGAGAAGCUGUUCCCCUGCUUGGACGAGCUGAUCAGUAUCCAUAGCCAGUUCUUCCAGAGGAUCCUGGAGCGGAAGAAGGAGUCUCUGGUGGAUAAAAGCGAAAAGAACUUUCUCAUCAAGAGGAUGGGAGAUGUGCUGGUGAAUCAGUUUUCAGGGGAGAACGCAGAGCGCUUAAAGAAGACGUAUGGCAAGUUCUGUGGGCAGCACAACCAGUCUGUGAACUACUUUAAAGACAUUUAUACCAAGGAUAAGCGGUUCCAGGCAUUCGUGAAGAAGAAGAUGAGCAGCGCCGUGGUGAGGAGGCUGGGCAUCCCAGAGUGCAUAUUGCUGGUGACCCAGCGGAUCACCAAAUACCCAGUUUUAUUCCAAAGAAUACUGCAGUGUACCAAAGACAAUGACGUGGAGCAGGAGGAUCUGGCUCAGUCCCUGAGCCUGGUGAAGGACGUGAUAGGAGCUGUGGACAGCAAAGUGGCAAGUUACGAAAAGAAAGUGCGUCUCAAUGAGAUUUAUACGAAGACAGACAGCAAGUCGAUCAUGCGGAUGAAGAGCGGCCAGAUGUUUGCCAAGGAGGAUCUGAAGCGGAAGAAGCUUGUGCGGGACGGGGGUGUGUUUCUGAAGAACGCGGCCGGAAGGUUGAAAGAGGUUCAAGCAGUUCUGCUUACCGACAUUUUAGUGUUCCUUCAAGAGAAAGACCAGAAAUACGUCUUUGCAUCAUUGGACCAGAAAUCCACUGUGAUCUCAUUAAAGAAGCUGAUUGUCAGGGAAGUGGCCCACGAGGAGAAAGGUUUAUUCCUCAUCAGCAUGGGGAUGAAGGACCCCGAGAUGGUGGAGGUGCACGCCGGCUCCAAGGAGGAACGGAACAGCUGGAUCCACAUCAUUCAGGACACGAUCAACACUCUGAACAGAGACGAAGAUGAAGGAAUUCCUAGCGAGAACGAGGAAGAGAAGAGGCUGCAGGACACCAAAGCCCGAGAGCUGAAAGAGCAACUCCAGCAGAAGGACCAGCAGAUCCUCCUCCUCCUGGAAGAGAAGGAGAUGAUUUUCCGAGACAUGACCGAGUGCAGCACCCCCUUGCCGGAGGAUUGCUCCCCAACGCACAGCUCUCGGAUCCUCUUCCGCUCCAACACAGAAGAGGCUCUCAAAGGAGGACCUUUAAUGAAAAGUGCAAUAAAUGAGGUGGAGAUCCUUCAAGGUUUGGUGAGUGGAAGCCUGGGAGGCACGCUGGGGCCGGCGGUCAGUAGCCCUGUUGAGCAGGAAGGCAUGGUGGGUCCUGUCUCCUUGCCCCGGAGAGCAGAGACCUUUGGAGGAUUUGACAGCCAUCAGAUGAACGCUUCAAAAGGAGGUGAGAAGGAAGAGGGAGAGGACGGCCAGGAUCUGAGGAGAACCGAGUCGGACAGCGGUCUGAAAAAGGGUGGAAAUGCUAACCCGGUGUUUAUGCUUAAAAGAAACAGUGAGCAGGUGGUCCAGAGUGUCGUUCACCUCCACGAGCUCCUCAGCGCGCUGCAGGGCGUGGUGCUGCAGCAGGACAGCUACAUCGAGGACCAGAAGCUGCUGCUGGCCGAGCGCGCGCUCACCCGGAGCUCGUCGCGCCCCAGCUCCCUGGUGGAGCAGGAGAAGCAGCGCAGCCUGGAGAAGCAGCGCCAGGACCUGGCCAACCUGCAGAAGCAGCAGGCGCAGCACCUGGAGGAGAAGCGGCGGCGCGAGCGAGAGUGGGAGGCGCGCGAGCGGGCGCUGCAGGAGCGCGAGGCGCGGCUGGCGCAGCGUGAGCAGGACGUGCGGCGCGGCCAGCAGGACCUGGAGCGCGAGCGCGACGAGCUGCAGCUCCGCAAGGGCGCCUACCAGUGCGACCUGGAGAGGCUGCGCGCCGCGCAGAGGCAGCUGGAGCGGGAGCAGGAGCAGCUGAGGCGCGACGCCGAGCGGCUCAGCCAGAGGCAGGCGGAGCACGACGCCCAGCAGGUUUCACGUCAGCACAGCAAGCUGCUGCGGAUCCCGUCCUUCCUUCCGAAUCUGGAGGAGUCGCCCUUGCCGCCUGUACCUUCCAUAGCCAAAUCGGGAUCCCUGGACUCAGAACUCUCGGUGUCCCCAAAAAGAAACAGCAUCUCUCGGACACACAAAGAUAAGGGGCCUUUUUACAUACUGAGUUCCACCAGCCAGCCAAACAGAGCCCCAGAGGGUCAGAGCCAGACCCCGGUGCCCACGUCCACCUCCACCCGCCUGUUUGGGUUAGCUAAGCCAAAGGAGAAGAAGGAGAAGAAAAAGAAGAACAAAGGCAGCCGCUCUCAGCCCGGUGAUGGCCCUAUGUCAGAAGUGCCCACAGAGGGUGAAGAGAUCUUCUGCUGACCCUGCCCUCUGCCGUGGCCACUGCCUCCUGUCCUGGCCCGUGGUCACCAGCCCCACCUCUCCUCCUAUUCCUGGGUGUGGUCUCUUACCUUGGACACAGAGCUGCCCCACGUCCUGGACCAGGGGGACAAUGAUCUCGAAGGUCAGGGUGGGGCAGCAGACCCGGGCUCAGCGGCUCACACCGAAAAAGCGGCCCAGAAGUCCAGGCGAUGGCUUCAGACACGUCCGGAAUCUCUAGAGGCUGAAAGAAAUGUGGAAAUGAGGUCUGAACUGCUACCUUUUACUUGAGGGACACAAGCAACAGUCAAACGGCAGAUAGUUUGGACUUGGUCCGUGUACAUAGAGUUACCCUUCUGCAUAUACACGUGGGGUGUGCCAGAAUUAGGCGCCGUCUGUAGCGGAGGCCUGGUCCGCUUGGCACAGGAGGGGCCACCCGGCUCUGCUCCAGGAGCACGCGUGCCCUCGCCUCAUACACCCUCCUAGUCCUCCAAGGUGGUCCUGUCACCCUGCCCCGUGCACACCUCCUCCCUUUCUGCAUGUUUCAUUUUAGAAGGGAUGGCAAACGUUUGUGAAAACCAGUAAGAGAAGGGGUGAGGUGUUUAAAACGCAUAUAUAUAUAUAUAUAUAUAGGCAGAUCUAUAUAUAUGUGCAUGUGUGUGUACGUAUAUAUAUGAUCUGUACCACCUUCAUUUUAGUGUUUGUCAUUUAAAAAAAAAAAUCUAUAAUUUUAACGUGAAAUCCAAAGAAAUUAUAGUCUGGCUUUCCAGGAUGUUUGCCCACAUACUCUGGGCACAGACGAAGUAGAGAAGUCUCCACGUCCUUACUCCUGCAUGGUGACACUUUUUGGUUGUCACUGACCCACAGCCUCCUUGACACCAUCCCGAGGGCAGCGGCUGCCGCGGCAGCAAGGUUGUCCCCACCCCUGCACUAAGACAGUGGCCCCGUUGGUUCAGGGGAAGGCGUUCGGCCCCUCUGUCAUCGUCAUCAUUUUUAGACCAGUUCGGCCCGAGAGGUAGCCAGCCCCGGUGCGGCUGGGAAGCGUGCUCGUUCUGUAGCGGGAGGCCAGGCCGGGAUUUGACCUCUUGAAACGUUUCUCUAAUCUAAAGGUCUGUUGGUUACUGUACUCCGCCCCCUCGAAGGUGUGCCCGGACGCGGCCUGGUUUCCCUUCUGUCUCCUGCGCUGGCGGGGUCCCUGAUUGCUGGAGGCUCGCCGCAGUGCUAGAGCAGGACGGUUCUUGGAGGUCCUCGGAGCCCCCCUCUCCCUGCUGGACUCCAUACUCCCCGCACGGGGAGACCCUGGAAACGUCUGUGCUUUCCGUGUGCCCUCCCCUUCCUGCUCUUUGCCCCUCGGGAGCAUGGGUCUUUGAACAUACCUUUUAAGAAAACAAAAUCUGCAACUUGGUGCUUCUUGAUGAAUUGCAAGCUGGCCUUGCCGGUGGAGAUAUUUAUCUUUCAGUUUAUUUGAAAGAGGUCUGCUUUAAAAUUGUUAGCUUAGACUUAUUUAUUUUGUGUGUGUGUGUGUGUGUGUGUUGUGAGGGUGAACAUCCCAGCCCAACGGUUUCCGCUGUCUGGUCAGUGCAGAACGUGAACAGCGCUGCUCGCUCCUCCGUGUCUGUCAAAGUGCCUUGAGGGCCCAAAGGAAAGUUAAAGGUUGGGGAAGGGGAAUCCAUUUCCUUCCCUCCUCUCACCCCCCACCUCCUCCUUGGAUCAAGGGAUGUCUUCUCCCUUGCCUGAGUCAAGAAACUUGUCACCUGUGAGUUACAUCCACCUGUUUGUGUCUCAGAAACUUCUUAGCCUGCAGAAGCAGACUGUAAGAACAAAACCAGCUAAGCUAAUCAUCUUUUGAACCACGGUGUACCACCCGCCCCCCCCACCGGCCCCGAACAGUGAAAAGAUAGGUUACUUCCUGGCCUUGGUCCACACUGCUCUGAGCCACAGCCACGCCUGCCACGGUUCUCCUCGAAGCACAUGGAGCGCAGGGUCUGUCCCCCUCUGGGGCUCACCGUCCCGCUCGCCGUGGGCCGCUGGAGGGAAUGGCACCUGGGAGGGAAGGCUGCAUCCUUCCUGCUCGGUGUCACCGUAGGCCAGGCCCCUGUGUUCCCUGAGCUCGCACUGAGUGCUGGCGAGAUGGGCCCUCACGUCUGCUCGCCACUGACGCGCUGUGGACCCCGAGUUUCUGGCCCCUGCUGCCCAGCUUUUGAAAGUGUCUUUUACUCUCAACUAUGUUUGGGCUGCUUUGCGGGUGGUGGUGAUGGUGGUGGCUUUGCCUGCGCCCACCCGCGAGUCACUGAGCUCGCUCAGGUUCUGGGUAGACACGUGCAGAACCGGAUUUGGAGGGGAGCCUCCCGCGUCCGCCCCACCUGCCCACCUUCAUGGAAAGCCGAGUUCGCAGCGCAGAGAGACAACGGCUUCCUGGGAGCCGCGCUGUGACGGGUCUUUCUCGUCCCCUCCGGAAACUGCACUCCGGGACCUCCUUUGCCGGGCUCGGAGAGCUGCCGGGAUUGUUGCUGCUUGUGCUUGUCACCUUGAGAACCACUCUGGUUCCGGAGGCUGAGGCCUCAUCUGGGCUCUUUUCUUGUGAGAAGGGGUCGUCUGCCCCGGGGACUCGAAGGCCGUUCCCUGUUGUGUCGUCCAGGAAGCUCCAGAAAGCAAAUGUCUGACACCAGAGCCCCCAGAUUUCCAGAGUCUAGAGAAUAGAGAAGUUCCUGGAGGGAGGCUCAGUUCUGUCUCAAAAAAAUUCUAUCAUCUCAGAAGUUGUCAUCCCAGUUGGGUGACAUGCACUUUAAAUGCUCUCAUCUGUUGGCUGCUUUUUGGGGACAAUCAGCUAUGUGAACUCUUCUUCUUUGAAAACAGAGAGGGUUAAAAACAUGCAAAUUGCCAUGAUUCAGCCUUUGCCAACAUUCCAUUCUUUACCCCCAUGAGAGCGAUCUGUGGGGAAGAAAUCCUUAUCAAGAUUUUUUUUUUUUUUUUUUUUUUAAAGGUACGAAUCUUACCUUUCUCCCUCUUACGUCUCAGGGUAGCACCACUGACGUCGUCUCUUUGAGAAGAGAAUGUUCUCAUUCUCUUCCUGAGCCCCUAGGAGCUAGCAGGAAGCACAAAUUUUCAAGACCCUUGGGGUUUGUUGUACCUUUCCUGGGAAGGGGGGCAGGUAUGGCGGUGCAGGGGUUUAAUAAGGUGGACUCUGCCUUAAGCGAGGGGCAGAACCAUACCUUAGAGGCCAGGACUUGAUCCAGAAGUUGGGUGUUCACAGAAGUACUUAAUAUUUCAUUGCUUGGUCUCUAAGGCUUCUCCAUAGCCAGUUCUCUCUCCCGGAGGAUUUGGGCGUUUGCCCCAAGGAGGGCUUGCGGAGGGGGCUGAGUCCAUUCCAGUGUUGAUGGGUGACGGGUUGUGCCCAGGCCAGCCGAGCCCUGGGAGGGUGUUGGAGACACUGUUCUGGUGAUGGGCCUCUGGCCACACACACGUGGCUUGGACGGGCCCCCAGAGGGGAUCGGCGUCCUUGGCCUGUGGAAGCCCGGAACCAGCCCUGUAGGUUAGAUGGCAGUGGUUGAGUGACAUGUGUGCCUCGCGCGCCCGCCUUCCGGCUGGACACACACAUGCCGGUGGUGCUGGGCCCGCGCUCUCGCGCUCACUGACACACACAGAUGAGAGGAGGGCAAGGAGUUUGUUGUGGUUUGCGUCUUUUUUCUUCCAACAUCGCCAAACAUUCCUAGUUAACCAGAGCUUUGGGAUCUACUGCCUGCUGGCCAGGUUUUAAAGUGGAAAGUAUUUUAAUGCUGCCAUAAAAGUAAAAUCAAAAAAAUAAAGAAAAAGGAAGGGAAAAACAAAGCCUUCUUUCCUUGUACUCCUCUAAUUUAAUUUGUCAAAAGAUUGACAGGCCUUGAAUUAAUUCUCCAUCUCGCUAAGGUUGAAAGCUGGGCAAACCCAGCCGGCUAACGGCCUCCGGCCCCAGACCACGCCACCCUGCUCUGCACGCCCGGCCGAGCCCGGCCUGUGCCGGGGGCCCCUCUCUGCCGCGAAGCAGAGGGUGCUGCCCCCCCCCCCAACCCUGCCUCUUCACCCCCAAUACUCACCCGGCCUGAGCUCUCCUGCCUUUCACAGCCACCCGACGGGCCCGUCCGGUCAGCUUGCCCAUGGUCAUGGUUCAGCCUGUGGUUUCCCGUGUUCCUUACCCGCUGCGGGCGUGGGAGACGCCCGGACCUGCAGGAGGGCGAUUCCCGUACACCUUAUACCUCUGCUUUUGUGGUUUUCAACUGCUAGACAAACAUUUCUGUGCUAGAUUCUUUUAAAUAAAAAGGGGUUAAAACCCAGAUGCUGUAUAUUAAUUUGUAAUUAUGUAUAAAGUAAAGCAGUUUUAAACUGUAUAAAAAAUUUUUCAGUGUGUUUUCUGGGAUUUUGCCACAACAUACUGGCUUUGUAUUUUAUUUAUCUUCCUUUUUAGUUAUUGGCUUCAGACUCUACUUGUAAAGUCCCCUCCACCCUUUCAAAAAAUAAAUGUCCUUUAAGUUUCA